GUUCUUGUCACUGUCACUUGUCAGUGAGUUGAUCAGUCAGCAGAGUGAGUCGACAGUCGAUGUCAAAUUUCAAUUGAGAUUUCCUGGACUUGCCAUUUCAGAUUUAUUUAAUAUUAUAAACAUUCGUUGAAGAAUGGAUGCAUACGAAAGUGUUCUCUUAGUAAAAAAUGAAGUUUUUGUUUUUAAACUCCCACCUAGGGCCACCAACAGAGCGUACAGAGCUGCUGACUGGAAUUUAGCUGAGCCUCAGUGGACAGGAAGAAUGCGUUUGGUAACAAAAGGCACAGAUUGCAUAUUGAAACUGGAAGAUAAGACUUCUGGAGAGUUAUUUGCAAAGUGCCCAAUAGACAAGUAUCCAGGCCUUGCAGUUGAAGCAGUAUCAGACUCGUCGCGCUACUUCGUUCUUCGCAUUGUGGAUGACAAUAAUGGUCGAACUGCAUUUAUUGGGGUUGGGUUUUCUGACAGAUCUGACAGUUUUGACCUGAAUGUUGCCCUUCAAGAUCACUUUAAAUGGGUCAAGAAAGAAGAAGAAAUUGAGAAAGAAAAAGAAACGCCAAAACCCGAACUAGAUUUGCGUUUUAAGGAAGGAGAGACGAUAAAAAUCAAUAUGAAGAUUACCAAAAAGGACGGGAGUGAAGUAUCCAGCAAACCAAAGACACGGCCGACAUCAGCUGGUAUAUUGCCGCCUCCCCCAGGAGGGGUUAAGAUUGCUCCACCUCCCGCACCCUCCGUCAACUCUUCCCCCUGUCACCAACCUGCCUCGGCCAAACCUGAGUCUUGGGGCGAAUUCGCCAGCGCCGGCAAUUCAACAUCAGCGGCUCCAGUUACACCAAGCAACCCCAGUUGGGUGCAGUUCUAAACCUCAUUUAGCCUACCAGCCCCAUAUUGUAGAUAUGUUGGCGCUAUCUUGUUGUAUAAUAUGUAUUGAAAUGUUAAAAGUUUAUCAUUACAUAGUGGAGAAUCGCAUUAAGUGUAUGUAGCAUAUUAGAAAUCGUGUAUGAUGAGGAUUUCUAGAUAUCUACUUACUAUCAUAUUAAAAGCUUUGUCAUGUUUUGUUGAUUUUUUAUAACUGUAAUCCAUAGAUAUUUUGAAGAGUUACUAUUUUAGUUUUAAUUAGGCUUCUUUUUAUAACGUCUAUUUGGUUUUUAAGCGCGUGUUGGUGAUUGGUCUUAAGAUUUUAAAAGGUGUAAUCAAGAUUUAAGUAUUUUUAUUUUUUAUAUAAAAUAUUAUUUUAUUCACUAGAGGAAAUACUUUUUGAUUUUUUCCUGAUAUGAAAUGAUAUGAGUAUUAUCUUAAGUUCCGUGCAUUGGUAGUAUCAUGGGUUAGUAGUAGGGUUAAUGAUUUCAAAAUCAAUGGAAACAUUACCUUUCCUGACACAAAAUCAUGUGUGUAACGUGAAAAGCCUUAUAGGAUUUUUAGAAACCGUACAAUUUUGUUUUCCAUUAAAUUUAAUUUUACCAAAUUUUAUCGUGAUCUCUUUUUGGAUUUUGCACUUGAAUUUCAUCAUUCCAUGUUGUAGCAAUAGGGAUUAUUUUACUAAUACUUAGGGAUUAAAUUACUGAUUUCAUAUUUACUAAGUUAAUAUGAAAGAUGUAUCUUUUGUUUUGUAGGCCUACUUAAUGUGUGGAGUAAAAUUUUAACUGUGUAUUUUUUCCGUUUGGAUUAUCCCUGAUGUUUAAGAGUGAAUAAACUAUGCUUAAAGUAAUCAAUGCUUUGUUAUUUGUUGUACAAGUUUUUAUCAAUCAUACAAAAUAUUACUUAAAUCUUUACUUACGUAGAUAUUGGUGUACAAAAAAUUAAAUUUACAAGCUGGCACACUAAAUAUGAUGUAAUUUAGAAUACCUGAAUGCAAUAUAUGUAUUUUUCAACUUAAAAAAGCUUAAGGAAUACCAUACUUUUAAUAUUUAGUUUAUUUGCGGGAAUCAAUUGUUCUUUUUAGCUUAUAUGCAUAUCAAUUUUGCUAUUAUGGUGUUUGAAAUGAAGAAGUUUUUUAUUCAUUGCUAUGUUAUUCCGGUUUUAAUACUAUAAUAUAUAAUUUUAUACUCCUGUUACAUGUUAAUAACUUCAAGAGAAAUAUAUUGUUCCUUGUUUUAGGGUUUAAAAAUACACACAGCAUUGCAUGGCGCUAAUUUUUUACGAUUAGCUGUCUGUGUUUUACCCUUAUUGUUUUACAUAAUGUUGAACGUUUUGUACAUAAAAAUGAAAUCUCAUAUGAUCAUAGUUAAAAACUAUAUUAUUGUUAUUAUAUUUUGUAUUACUGUGCACUUUUUGUAGAUAAGGUGAACUCCUAAGUUUAAAAAGAUUAAAUUUGUUGCGUUUGUUUACAAAGUCAAGAGAUGAAAAGUAUAUUUUUUAUAUUCAAAAGAAGCUACGUAAAUGAUUGGGUACAGCAUUCUAGGUUACUUAUUUUUCUCUAAACAAAAUAUUAUUUGUAUUGUAUAAAGAUUAUUCACUACAUUUUUGUGUUAUAAGUUUUGUCUAUAAAUUGAACAGAGUACCUAUAAAAUAUUAUAUUUAGGCCUAGUGUUUAUGUUAUCAUAUAAGUUCUACUGUCUAGCAUGUACAAUGAUCCGAAUAUUGUGUAAAGCUAAAAACCAGUACAAAUUCAAUCUAAUUGCAUGAGUUGAGAAGCUCUUAAAUAUAGGCCUACUGUCGGGGAAAAAAGUUUGGACACUCGAGUUUGGAGCUCUACAGAAAAGUAACCAAACUAACUUAGAAAAACACGUAGUAUAUAUAAAUUUUCGUUGUUUCAAUCUAAAUGAGCUAAAAAAAAUUUGUUUUCACAGGAAUACGUAGAAUGAAACAACAAAAAUUUAUAUAUACUACGUGUUUUUCUAAGUUAGUUUGGUUACUUUUCUGUAGAGCUCCAAACUCAAGUGUCUAAACUUUUUCCCCCAACAGUAAUCAUACUUCUGAAUUUGGUUUAAAAUCGUUAUAGAAGAAAAGCUUCAUCUCCUUAAAAAUAUUGAUGGUGUUGUAUGACAAGUAGAUUCCAAAAGAUUUAGAUUCCAGUAUAAAAUAUUUACAUAGCUAAUAGGGUUAAAGUAAUGCAGUUAUAAGAAAUGUGACUAUUUAUUACGUGUACAAAUAAUCUAUAGUUAGAAAAAUAUUUAGUUUAUGUUGUACUUACUCUCACUAAUGGUACUCUUGACACAAAACUUAGCCACUGUAUGAAACGUGUUUGAAUUGAUGAUAGUUUGACAGAUUCUUGCAUAGACCACUUCAAUAUGGCUAAAUUCGUAGGCCUAAAUAUAUAAUUCAAAAUGA